AUGGUAACUAAACCGUCCCAUAAUUUACGUAGAGAACAUAAAUGGUUGAAAGAAACCCAAUCGAUACAACGGGAUCAUAAUUUAUUAGUAUCAAUAUUAGGAAGAAAAAUAACUAAUACUGAUGUACGAAGAUCAACCACUUAUAAUAGUGAUCGUUCGAGGACUACUAUAAAUAAGAAGAAUUCUACCGUGGUAAGGGAUUCAAAUAAUGGUACUCCCAUUACACCUGUUAUUCCAUGGAGUAUACCUCAACAAUCUAAUACAGUCAUAAGUAAUACUAGUACAACUUCAAUUCCUCCUGUUGCGAUAGUGUCGAGUACGCCCACUUUCAAUAAUCAAAGUAACAAUAGCCUUAUCAAUAAUAACAUUCAAUAUAAUAAUAAUAAUAAUUCAAACACAAUUGCUACGUCGAUACAUAAUGUAGGACCUAAUGUCAGCAUGACUGAAAACUUAAAUAAUAAAAGUCGAAUUCAAGGAUUUCAAAACAGCAAUACUGCUACUAAUAAUAAUAAUAAUAACAAUAAUAAUAACUUCACAAAAGAAAAUAUACCACCAUUGAUAAAUAGUACUAAUGAAUUAUCAACAAAUACUAGCCAUCCGUAUAAUAAAGACAUUAUUAAAUCACAAAAAAAAUUAAUUGAUAAAUUGAAAUCACAUUCCAUUUUAUUAUUAUCUAAAUGUAAUAUAAUGGAAUCAACUUCUUUAUCUGAAGAUUCCAAGAGAAGUAAACUUAAUAAUGAAAUUAAUCCACAAAUUAUUAAAGAUGAAGCUGAAAUUAAAAUUUUAGAAUUAGAAUUAAAGAAAUUAUACAAGAAAGAAGUAAAAUCUCAAAUUACCACGAUUUCUGUUUCAACAAAUAUUGAAUCUACUAUAUCUGAACCUGUAAGAAUGAGUAACGCCAAUGAUUCACAAAUAAAUACAACGAUUAAUACAGCACAAGUGGCACCGGCAAGCGUUAUUAGUCAACCUUUGUCUAAUCAUACUACAAGUACGACACAAGAUGAUCUAAUUGAGGUUUUGGAUGAUGAGGAUGAAGAAGAAAACGAACCUACAGUAAUAUAUGAUAAGAAUGAUGAAUCACCAAAGCCAAAUGAGGACAAAAAUGACGAUGACCAAAAUUCUGGAAGAACCAUGAGAUCUAGAAAUAAUAAAAUUAAUUAUAGGAUACCUGAGAAGGAUGAUCCAUUUGAUUAUAAAGUUGGGAAAAUUGACCAUAGUAGAACUCAAGAACAAGAAGGAACAGACAAUGAAGAUGAUUUUGGUUCUAGUUACAUUAUGUCAGUUAGAACAGAAGACAAGAUGGCUAAUGAUAUUCUUAAUGAUAGCGAUCGUCAAUUUGUCGUUGAUGAUUCGGUGAUGGAGGAUUCUGAUUCUGAUUUUUCUGAUGAAGCUAAUUUCUUAACAGCGACAACAACUACAACAAACGAAAUACAAACACAAACACAAGAUAAAAAUAGUACCGUUGAUACUAAUGUUGAAAUAAUUAUGUCAUCUCCUUUGAAACCAUUAAGUCAAAAUCAUGUUACUAAAAACAAUUUAAUUAAUUCGAACAUCCUAGGUAGUAAAUCAACACCAAGUCUAUCUCAAUUUACAGAACCGAUAUCUGUCAUAGAUAGCAACAUGGAGUAUAUUUUUCGCGAAAAUGGUGGUAAUGAAGCAGAUGAAGAGAGUGGUGAUGAUGAGGGCGAUGACCUCUCGGAUAGUGACCUUGAAAGGUUCGAUGAUGAAAGAGAAAAUGAUACGCAGGCGUUAAAUAUGGAGGAAGUUGAUAAUGAAUUAAAAAUUAUAGCUGAGAGAAAAUUAAAUGAAGAAGAAGUUAGUGACUUUAAAGAAGACAUUCCUCUUAUUAAACAAGAACGUAAUGAACAAGUUCGUGAAACAGAUAUAUUAAUAGAAGAUUUAGAUGAUGAUUUUUCUAUUUUGGAUGAUAUCGAUGUUCUUCGAUCCGAUUCUAAUAAGGUAACAUCUACUUCUAACAAUACCGCAAACCAUAAGUAUCCAUGGUCAGAGGAAGUUGAAUUUCGACUUCAUGAAAUAUUCAAAUUACCAGGAUUUAGACCGAACCAAGAAGAUGCCGUUAAUGCGACUUUGAAUGGGAGAGAUGUCUUUGUGUUAAUGCCAACUGGUGGUGGUAAGUCUUUAUGUUAUCAACUGCCGGCAGUUGUAAAAUCUGGGAAAACAAAAGGUACCACUAUUGUGAUCUCACCUUUAAUUUCCUUGAUGCAGGAUCAAGUUGAGCAUCUUCUUGCAAAAAAUAUUAAGGCCAGUAUGUUUAGUUCAAAAGGUACUGCUGAAGAAAGAAGACAAACGUUUAAUUUAUUUAUUCACGGUUUAUUAGACUUAAUUUACAUUUCUCCUGAGAUGAUAAGUGCCUCUGAACAAUGUAAAAGAGCUAUCAGAAAAUUAUACAGUGAUGGAAAACUAGCAAGAGUAGUUGUUGAUGAGGCACAUUGUGUGUCUAACUGGGGCCAUGAUUUUAGACCCGAUUAUAAGGAACUUAAUAUUUUCAAAAGGGAAUAUCCAGAUAUCCCAAUGAUGGCUUUGACGGCAACUGCAAGUGAGCAAGUUAGGCUUGAUAUCAAACAUAAUUUAGAAUUGAAGGACCCAGUGUUCCUGAAACAAAGUUUUAAUAGAACAAACCUUUUCUACUCAGUCAAACCGAAAAACAAAAAUACAAUUAACGAAAUUUGUCAUGAAAUUAAAACAAAGUUUAAAAAUCAAACAGGUAUCAUAUAUUGUCAUUCAAAGAACUCAUGUGAACAAACAAGUGCACAACUUCAAAAUGCAGGCAUUAAAUGUGCAUUUUACCAUGCUGGUAUGGAACCAGAAGAUAGAUUAAGUGUUCAAAGAGCUUGGCAAUCGGAUGAAAUUCUCGUGAUUUGUGCAACUGUUGCAUUUGGUAUGGGUAUUGAUAAACCUGAUGUAAGAUUUGUGUAUCACUUUACCGUUCCGCGCACACUUGAGGGGUACUACCAAGAAACUGGUCGUGCUGGAAGAGAUGGGAAGUAUUCUUAUUGUACAACAUACUUUAGUUUUCGGGAUAUUAAAACCAUUCAAACGAUGAUUCAAAAGGAUGAGAAUCUUGACGAAGAAAACAGACAUAAACAUUUAGAUAAACUACAACAAGUUAUGUCAUAUUGUGAUAAUUUAUCUGAUUGCCGAAGGAAACUUAUCCUGUCCUACUUCAAUGAAAAUUUUGACUCUAAGUUAUGUGGGAAAAAUUGUGAUAAUUGUAGAGAUAAGGGAAACUUUGAAACUGAAGAACGGGAUAUUACUGACACUGCUAAAACCAUAGCGAACAUGAUUGAAAAGAUACAAAAUGAUAGGGUCACUUUAAUACACUGUCAGGAUAUAUUUAAGGGAUCUAGAAAUGCAAGAAUGAUGCAAUCUGGACAUGCAACAUUGGAAGAACAUGGAACAGGCAAAGAUAUGUUGAAAUCGGAAAUCGAAAGAAUAUUUUUCCAUCUUGUUACAAUCGGAGUAUUGCAGGAGUAUUCAGUGAUGAAUAAUAGUGGCUUUGCAUCAAGCUACGUACGUACUGGUCCAAAUUUUUAUAAACUUAGAGACGGAAAAAUGAAGAUAAGUAUGAAGUUCAAUGUGUCACAACGAAAUUCAAGAACAAGUACCAGGGGUUCUAGCGCAUCUUUGAAAACUCAUGAUAAUCGAAUAAAACAAACUCCAGUUCCAGAAUUUUCAAAUGCCAGAGCCCAUAUUCAAUCGUUUACAUAUGCUGAAAGUACUCAACCACAAAAAAAUAGAGGUGGACCAAUUUCAUUGGCAAAUAAUACGUCCUCGAAAUCCCCUGAAGAACUCAGUGACAUCACAUUUGCAUAUAAUAAAUUACGAGAGGUCUCCCUGGAACUUGCUAAUCGCGCAAAUCCACCUAUAAGAAAUUUCUUACCAGAUGGACUACUGAAAAAAUUGGCCACAAUUCUUCCAGCUACCCAAGAGGAGUAUGUGAGUAUUCCAGAUGUUCAAGGUAACCUCAGAAAUAAAUUCAGACAUAUAAAACCUACGAUUAUGGAAUUGCGUAAAAGGAGGAUCCAGUUAAAUGCGUCCGUUGAUUUUAUGGACAGUGCAAAUAGCUUAAUAGCCACACAAGGUAGCAGUUUACCAGAAUUCCCAAGUAGUUUUGGCAAGAAGAAUAAUGGUACAGAAACAAGAUCAAGAUUUUUUCAACAAACUCAGGAAGAAAGGAAUAACGAUGAAAUGAUAUUGAAGCAAAUAAAAGAAACCCAUUCUAGGAAUAUGCCAACAAAAUCGACCUAUUCGAAUAAUAAUAAUAGAUUCAAGAAAGAUAAUUACACAGGAAACAAGUAUAAUAAAAAUAGAGUAAACAAAGGUAAAUAUAGGCAUUAA